AGAUCGAUAUUCAAUAAAUGACGAUUUUACGGACUCACAUCCAGCGAAGAUUGAUGAACUAAUCAAAAUCUUACGGGAAAUCUCUUAUAGGGAAGGUUAUUUUAUGUGUUUCCAUAAAUAACUAAGCGUUUAAAUCUUGAACCCACUGUUGACCUUCGUGUGGUCAAGUGUUGCGUUAUGCGUAGUUGCAAGAAUCGAAAUAACGCCGAAUACACUCUCCGAUCUCUUUUUAUAUUAAUUUUUUUUUUUAUUUACAAUCGGAAGGAAUACAUUCUUUUAAAGAUGUGUUGUGUUGACUAUUGUGUGAUUAUCAUAUGUUUGAGAUGUUUCUUGUGAUCUUUUUUAGAUGUAUUGAGAUAUAUAAUAUUAACAAAAUUUUUAUGUCCUAAUAGGAUACGAUUAAUGCUCAAACAACAAGGUUUCAUUCGAUUUCCCGAAGGAAAAUCUGAGCAUUUCGCGAUCGAUUUGGCCGUGUUUAAGUGGAUGCACGUCGGUCCCGUUAUCGUUUCGUCCGAGUGGGUCACCGGCACUUUGCCAGGAUUUAACUCCGUGCUGCGCGUACGUCGGACCUGUUCCGUGAACGGGCCGUUCUCGGUGAGACCCCAGGUGGGGUAUGCAGGGACGGCUCGUUCUUACGGCGGAUUUUCCUCCCUUUCUCUCUUUCUAUUUAUCAUGCACGAUAUUUUAAUUAAAAGUUAGUUGACGAAAAUUCACGAUACUUUUCAUACAACACAAAUGUUCAAAAGACAUCCAAGAGAUGUCCCAGAAUAUUCGAAUAUCCCUACGAUGUCUCCACGAUAUCCUUCGAACAGUAUGAAUUAGCAGAUAAACCUACAUUUCUUUCCUCAUAUUCAAUUAAAAAUACAUAAAUUUAAUGAUCGAGUAAUCUUUUUUUCACGAAGAAGCGUUAUCUAAUUAGUUUCUCCGAGUCUCUGCAGCGAUAUGACUUUUCGAAGCGACAAAUCAAGAAAUUAUCACAGAAGAUCCGAGACGAAUCUGAGAGAAGUCACAUUAUAUCACGUUGUCGAGUGCAUAAAAUUCAUACGUUUUACCUCGGUAUUAUUAAGUUAAUCGGCAAAAUAUCAAGUAAAUAACGCGUAGCGACGUGCUAUGAAAUGGAAACAGGUGCGUAAGGCCCUGACCUGUAACCAGCCCUGGAGAGCCAGAUGAAGUCUGAAAGUGCCCCGCGUGCUCGCCUUCGUCGAGCAUGUCCGUGCUCACUAUUAGUAUCCGCGGGAUCGUGUAACUUGCCGCACGUUUCCCAUCGACGAUUGUCGAUCACUCGCGAUCAGGACUCAAUCGGUGCGGACAAGUCCGAUAGUCGCUCCGAUUCAUUGCGUUCGCCGCACGAUCCGUCGCUUCUGCGGCAACCGGCGAGGAUCAUCGAGUAUAUCUCUUUUCUCGAGUCCUUCGUGACAAUUAAAACUGGAUCGACAAAGAUGAAGAUCGCCAUCACAUUGUUCCUCUUCGUGGUUGUCGGAUGCACGUGGCGGGAGGCGCUAGGCACAUGCGUGUUUCAGUCGGAUUUCGGAUUUAUGCUAAACUGCGCUUUCAAAAAGUCGGGCCUCUUCCGAGUGCGAAACCUCGGUGGUGUAAAGGGCUACGUCGGCCUGGGAUUCUCCGUUGGUGACGAGCUGGGCUUCAGCCAGUCGAUCUCCAACUUGGAAAGCGCGAAAAGAAGAAGCGUGCAAGCGAACAGAGCUAACGGGCUCGCGUUUAAUCCCGCGAAUACGGCGGGCAAUCGCGACGACGCGCGUACAACGUCGUCGCUGAAUAACCGUCCGAUAGUGCCGCCUUUCAAGCCCCUGCCGGUCGGCGCGGCUCGUCCGAUGGCUCAGCAACCUGAACGUCAGAAGCUGGUGGUGCAGCAGAACGCGACGACCUUUGCCAAGCAGGUCGCACAAGUGAUGCCAUUGGUGCAGCAAGAAAUCCUGCGCCAACAACAACAACGGGUGCACCAGGAGGUCAAGCUGAAGCAGCAACAGAGGAUGCAGCAGGAGGCAUUGGCGUUGCAAAUGCUGAAGCAGCAACGGCUCCAGCAACAGGAAGCGAUGAGGCAGCAGCAGAUGCAGAAGCUGCAGCAACAGCAGAAGCCGAUCAUAGUGAUGCAAAACAAAAAGGAUCAAGUGCAACCCCAAGUGAUAACAGUUGCCGGGACGAUGCCGAAACUACCCAAUCUUGUAGCCGCGAUCCCGUCAGGUGUCGAGGUCGAUGCCCUCUCGUCGUCGAAGACGGCGACUAAUAUGGCCUUGCCACCUUUCAUCGCAAUGCCGCAGUCGUCGGCGAAGAUCACGAACAGAAUCAGUAAUAGCGGCGCUUUAUUACAAGACUCUGACAACGAGGUAUCGAAAGAUGAUUACAGCCAGCUACCUUUGCCGAGCGACGAAAUGGCCGCUUCGGUGAACGAGAUGACUCUGCUCUCGCUGCAGCAGCCUGCAGGCGAGAACGGUCAAUCGUUCGUUCUUCAGCAGAACGAGAAACGACAAUCGUUGCCCAUCAACGUGCCUUCCUUGGCUCCCAUCCACGGUAUGGAAACCUCUCUGAAAGCUCUCGCAGACGCGAGCAACAUUACUCUGGAGGCGUUGGAGGCGGCGAUUCUUCUGAGACAACAGCAAAUCCUUAAGAAGCAGCAAGGAUCGACGACCACGACCACCACGACGACUACAAUGGCGCCUCUUAAAAACAAGUACAACACCGGAGCUACGAAAGUGAUGAACGCACCGCGAGAGUACUAUCCCGUGGGAUACGACAAAAACUUCGACGACAAUUUCGCGAGUCGCGUCGAUCUGCCCGACACGAGCUUCUACUGCGGCGAUCAAAAGCACUUCCCAGGUCUUUAUUCCGACGAGGAUCUUGGAUGUAUGGUAUUCCACAUUUGUGCACUGACGGACGACGGCCUGAUCAUGAAGAGCUUCCUCUGUCCCGAAUCGACAUUGUUCGAUCAAACGAUCCUAAAGUGUAACUGGUGGUUCUACGUGGACUGCAAAGCCUCGAAGAGCUUGUACGACAGUAAUAUACCCAUCAGCAAGAGCUACCAGCUGAUGAAGGCCUUGGCGUUCUUCUCGGCGUACAAAAAUCACGACAAUAGUACGAGCAACGCACACGAGGGAAGCGAAGAAGGCAGUUCAUGAUUUGCGAGCAAAUCAAAUCAA